AUGGCUCGUUACGCUCUCGCUUUCACUGCGCUCGUCGCAAUUGCUCAAGCUAUCAACAUCACCUCCCCAUCUACCAACGGAGAAUGGGAUCUCAGCGAUGGAGCUCAAACUAUCACCUGGACUUCAGUCUCUACUGAUCCCCAAACCGUCGAUAUCUACCUCGUCCACAUGGCAUCCAACCCACCUCUCAGCGAUGUUCUCUUCACCAAUGUCGAUAUCAACAAGGGAUCUGAGAGUGUUUCCGGUCUCCAAUUGCCAACCGGUGGCAACUACCAAAUCAACUUCGUUAGCCCAGGAAAGGCAGAGCAAAUCUUGGCUCAAUCCCAACAAUUCACCGUCAAUGGAGUAGCUUCCAGUGCAAGCAGCACACUUGCAGGUUACACUGGAUCCGCUUCCGCUUCUUCUACCACCUCCACCGGUACUUCUACCUUCACCUCUACCGGUUCAUCCACCACUGUUACCGGUACCACCACCUCCACUGGAACUGGCCUGGUUACUUCUGCCUCCGCUGCUAGCCAAACCUCCUCCGGCGCAUCCUCCUCCAGCUCCAGCUCCACUGCCCGUGCAUCUGGUAACGGAGCUGCUGCCACCGGUGUCCCAAUGAUGGGACUUUUGGCUGGUGCCGCUGCUCUUUUCUUGUAA